AUGGCGCGCUUGAGAAAUGUCCUGUUUCUGGUCAUCCUGGUGGUGAGUGAGGCAUCCGUGGUAGAUGUUUUGACCAAGGUGAAGAGCUUCCGGGAUGCGGGACUGGCGCUUUUUGAUGGCCUUACGGCUGAGCUGAAGAGCAAUGGCCAGGACUCAGCGUCAGAAAAGGCCAAAAAGUUCAAUGACGACUGGCUGAGUUUGCUGGGAGUGCAGAAGGGCCUCACUGGUUUGGCAAAGGAUUUCACUAUGAACUAUCUCGGCCGAGAAGGCUAUCAUAGCAUCAAUGGCCCUUUGGUGGAUGCCAUUAAGGAGGCAUCUUCCACAUUGGGGACUUCGAAUGCCAAAGAUUUUCAACAGACGUUGAAAAAAGUUUGCUUUGAGGGAAAACGCAUCUUCCAAACAGGUGGCUCUUUGCAUGAGAUGCUGUCGGAUUUGUUGGAGCUCCUCGAAGACAAGGGAGUCAAAAAGGCUCUGCCAACUGUGCUCAAGACGAGCCGACAGCUCCAAGAGGCAUUGAGCUACUUCUCUGGGCCUCGGGUGGAGGAUCCACGCAGUGAAUCUGAAAAGGAAGGAAAUGACGACGCAGUUGCGAAGCAGUCCUUCUAUAGCGGUGCCUAUGCAAUUUUCUCCAAACCUCAACGACGACGAGUGGAAGAUUCCGAGAAUGCCAAACUGAAUCGGCGUUUGAGCACCAGUACCUCCGCAGGUGAUUUGCUGAAUUUGUGCAAUAUGCACCAGAUGGAGUUCGAUACCGUGAAUUUCGUUACAGCGUUUCACCGGAUGGCCAAAGUACCAGAUGGGAAGACUGCAGUUGGGGAACGAGUUUUCCAGGAGAUAGUUUCACAGUUGCUGGACAGAUCCUAA